UAUUGUCAGCGCCAUUUUGAUCGAAACAAAAAUUUAACGUCGGAUUAAACCGGCGUUAGAACAAUCUAUUUUACUUGCUUCCCCACUGAUUUGGACAAGGAGGUGAUAGUGAAGUAGUGCACCAUGAAUUGGUUAAGUACCGUUCUAGUUGGUUUAGUUUUAGCGCUUUUAGCGCUGAUUCCAGUUGAAUGUACUGAGUUGACUUUUGAAUUGGAAGACAACGCUAGACAAUGUUUCUACGAAGAACUCAAGAAAGACACUAAAGGAACGCUUGAAUUUCAGGUUAUAAGUGGUGGAAACUAUGAUGUAGAUGUAGUUCUUUAUGAUGAAAAUGGCAACAGUGUUUACAACGUCCAAAAGAAACAGUAUGACAGCCAUUCAUUUACAGCUCAAAAUGAUGGAAUUUACAAGUUCUGCUUCAGCAAUGAAUUUUCUACAUUUAGUCACAAGGUGGUUUACUUUGAUUUCCAAGCUGGAGAUGAAAUACCUUUAACCAAAGAAAUGGGAGCACACCAAACAGCACUGACACAGAUGGAAACAGCCUGUGUAACCAUUCAUGAAGACCUUAAGAUUGCAACAGACUACCAAACCCACCAUCGUUUACGAGAAUCUCAAGGACGGGAUAUGGCUGAGUAUUUGAAUGAAAGGAUACAGUGGUGGUCUGUUGGAGAAGCUUGUCUUAUUCUUUCUGUUGGAAUCUGUCAAGUAGUCAUUUUACGGCGAUUUUUUGCUGAGAAGAGGUCAACUAUCUAAUUCUUGGAACAUUGCAGCUUGAAGAAAUCAUUCUUUUCCCAGUUUGUACAGUAAAGAUAUUAAUUCCAUCAAAUUUAUAAGAAAUCAUCCUGGAAAACUGUUGCCUCACAAUCACAAGAACUGUGAUUGGUGAAGAUGAAGACACUUAAGUUGUUCUCAUUCUAUAAAGGGGAACAAGAGCUGAGCCUUUGCAAGGCAGCUUUGUGGUUCCUUAAACUGGUGUGCUACAUAUGUAGUGAAUGGUAAUAAGUGGAACCUCAGUAGUUUUGUUGCUCACAAUGUUAAUGGUUAGCUGGAAGCAAGGUUACUGAAUUUCCACUAAUUCUUUUAUGUAUACAAACUUACCAGGCUUCUUUAGGUGACCCUGAAUAAUUUUCCAUGUAGUCUUACAGUGAUUAUGGCAUUUUAUUUGUACACAUUCUUACUUGCUUGUCCAACUGAUGGCUGCAAAAAGUCAGAUAAAAAUGCAUGUUAUUCCCCUUCCAUUUGGAUAAUUGCAAAGGCUCCAUGAGAUGCAUGGAUAAUAUUACUUUGCAGAACUAGUGCAAUUGUUAGGGUAAAAGAUCCCCUUGCUUUAUGCCUGUACUUAGCUUUUUACAAUGUAGAUGCAUCCACGAAACCUUUGAAGUCUCUUUCAAGGAUCAACUUGGAUGAUAUUGAGUUUUACUUCUCAAACCAUUUCUACUCGUGUCUUUCAGACUCUCUUGGCAGCUACCUCAAGUUUGCUCCAGUAUCUUUCUUUUUUUGUCCUGCUGAAUUAUCAAAAAUUAUUCUUUUGGUCUUCCUUUAAAAAAAAAGAAAAACAUUAUUUCCAUCCAAAAAGCCUGUAGUGCGAUUAUUUACAUGCUUCCAACUGUCUUUACCUUUCUUAACAGUAUUGUCAUCAAAAUAUUUCAUUUAGUCUGUAGAGCUUGCCAAACGAAGUGUGAGUCGAAUUUGGAAGAGCUACAUUUGUGCUAUGUAUUUCUGGUUACAGAAAAGUUCUCGUUAUGUAAGGAAAUAUAGCGUUGCCAAUAAGCUGCCCUUGUUAAAAUGAAGGUAGUUAGAGUGUUAAUGGCAUUAUUGGGCUUUAUAAUGUUUUGAUGACACAUAUUUCUUGUUACAUCUCUUUCUUAGCCAAAAUGUUUUAUCCUUGGAAUGCUCAUGGUAUCUAAGAUCUAUUUUGUAUUAAACUCAGUUACUAGAGAUAUUA